AUGUAUGAGAUUUCUCUUGAGGUGGCUGGUGGGAUUGAAUAUUUUCAUCGGGGCUGUGAAAUGCAGAUUCUGCAUUUUGACAUCAAGCCACAGAUCGUUCUUCUUGGAGAGAAUUUCACUCCGAAAGUUUCUGAUUUCGGACUUGCUAAAUUGUAUCCUUCGAGCAGCAACACUGUUUCUGACUGCAGCAACAGGAACAAUAAGAUACAUAGCACCAGAUUUGUUUCUGCUAAAACGAGAGGAGGAGAAGACAACAGCAAAGAAGAUAGUUGUCGCCGCCGCGCGCUAUGGUGCAUACAAAUAAUUCCUGACAACCGUCCUCCAAUGAACAAAGUCCUGGAGAUGCUGGAACAAGGAGUAGAAAGCCUAACAUUGCCUCCAAAGUCUUCUCCAGUUCCUGAAGGAACAUCGGCAUUUAGUAUCGCAGGUGAUAAGAAUCAAAAACUACUUGCCGAUGUUGGUGAUAAAAAUAUGCUGAGGCAAAUUUUGGUGAGAAAUUCCAUACAGCCAGAUCCUCAUGAUCUAGCACUCGAACCAAAACACAUUUUGGAAGCAAGUCUACUUGCUGACCAUGCAAAUCCAUAG